UUUGGUACCGCCUAAAACCGUAGCGUUGUACAUCUCCCUACUCAUCUCUGGUGUCAAAAAUCUGUUUUCGGUUCUACGUCAAAGAAAUGACGCAUUUAAAUAAUUGACAAUAAGUAAUAGUCAGUGUCGCGAAUAAUUAUUAUUCACCUUAUAGACAUGGUGUAAGAAUAAUUUGCGAUAAGUAGCAUCGUAAAGGGGAAAUCGUGCCGCAUAACGUGUGUGCCGACAAGUCAUUGUCUAUUUUUGUGUGAGAGGGAUCGAUACAUUUUUGCAUGCAAAUCUACUAAAAAUAGAUACGGAAUCAUCCGAAGUGUAUUUAUAUCGCAAAUGGAACGGUAAGAAUGGCUUUUGAGGUUAUCGCUUCGACGCGUGAACAGCGCAAGUCCUGUUUCUGUUAACUGACACAAGCUUUAGCACUUGACGGACAGAAAAGUCAGAAACUCCAAGAUACAGUGACUCUUGUACAAAAGAUAUACAUUUAUUGGCAAUGACAGAGGAAACUGAGAUCAGCCAGUCCCUACUGAACCGGGUUUACUAUGCUGCUAGGGAUGGUAUGGCUAUUACGCUCUAUGCCUUACUUAGUGCCAGAUUCUCUGAUCAAAUUGAUUAUCUCAUCAAUCAGAAAGUCUUGGAGGAAGAUGGACAACGAUGUACCCCAUUAAUAGUAGCAGCUAGAUAUGGUCAUGACCGGGUUGUUAAAAUGCUUCUAGAAAAAUUUAAGCCUGACUUAGAGCAAGAGGGUACUGUAAAAUUUGAUGGAAACGUAAUAGAAGGGGCUAGUGCACUAUGGUGUGCUGCAGGUGCUGGUCAUUUAAACGUCAUUAAAACAUUAGUCAAAGCUGGGGCCAACGUGAAUCAUCCCACAAAGUCGAACUCAACGCCUCUAAGGGCGGCAUGUUUCGAUGGUCGACUCGAUAUUGUAAAAUAUUUAACGGACCACAAUGCCAACAUACACAUUGCCAAUAAAUAUAACAAUACCUGCCUAAUGAUAGCGGCCUAUAAGGGCCAUCUUGACGUAGUGAGCUUCCUCUUAGAAAAUGAAGCCAAUCCAAAUGAGAAAGCUCACUGCGGUGCAACUGCCUUACAUUUUGCUGCUGAGUGCGGUCACUAUAAUAUAGUGUAUGAGCUCUUGCGGUUUGGUACAAAGAUGACAAAGAAUGUAAAUGGUAUGACACCCUUAAUCGUAGCUGCCGAUAGAACGAGAAUGGAAGUCGUGGAAUGUCUAGUUGAAAGAGACGAAGUCACCAAAGAGGAAGCUAUAGAAGCGUUCGAAUUACUUGGCGCGUCCUAUGCCAACGACAAAGAUAAUUAUUGUAUCAUAAGGGCAUACAAGUAUUUGCACGCAGCAAUGGAAUUACGGUUUAGUGAUCCCAAUAACAUUAUUCCUAAGAAAGUUGACGAACCUAUAAGUGCUUAUGAGAAUUGGAGAGAGUGCGAGACUUUAGAGAGACUAGAAAGCAUAAAAAAUAAUCAUAAUGCCAUUCACAUGGAAUCUCUUGCCAUUAGAGAGAGAAUAUUGGGAACUCACAAUCCAGAAGUGCCACAUCCAAUAAUAUUUCGUGGCGCUGUGUACGCCGAUAAUGCGAGAUUCGAUAGAUGUAUAGAUCUAUGGCUCCAUGCAUUAAAGUUAAGACAGUUAAACAAUAUUUCUGUAGUCAAGGAUCUUUUACGGUUCGCACAGGUAUUCUCUCAAAUGAUCCACGUAGGUGUUGAUCUACAGUUUUCCCAAGUCAUAAACGUUUUAGAAGCGAGUGUUAUUGAAUUGGGAAGAAAUAAGGCCAAACUAAAGGAUCCUGAUCCUGAUCCUAAGGAAGAUCCGGAUCAGAUUAUUGAAGAAAUGGAGUCUAAUAUCACGACGACUCUUUAUAUUUUAACGAUUCUAACGACCCUGAUGACUUUAAAUAAAAAAGAAUAUGACGAGGCUGAUGUCAAUAAAGCUCAUUAUUUAGUACAUAAAUUAUGUGCGUUGCGCGUUACUCUGCGCGACGGACAGACACUUUUACAUUUGGCAGUGAAUGCCAAAACGCCAGUCGACGAUUUUCAUACGAAUGACGUUUGCAAAUUUCCCUGCGCUGCCACUGCAAAAUUGUUAAUACAAUGUGGCGCUGAUGUCAACGCCAUGGAUAGUAAAAGAAAUACACCACUUCAUGUCAUCGUUGGCUAUCACAAGCCAAUCAGUGAUUUCAUGACGCUUCAUUCAAUUAUUAUGGAUCUGAUAGAAGCUGGAGCACAUAUGGACACUGUGAAUAGUCGCGGAAAGACACCGUUCAACGCAGCAACCACUGGUAUAGCAGAAAUAAUUCUGCGCACUCAGACGAAAUUGUCCCUGAAGUGUAUGGCUGCUAAAGCCGUAAAAACUUACAACUUAUCAUAUUGCGGCAACGUACCCCGCACACUGGAGAGUUUUAUCGAAUUACACGGACCCGGACUUAAUCAGGGUUAAUGAAAAUGAUUAUUAAUCAGCUAAUUAGUGUGGCUGUUGUUGAUCGUUAAAUGAAAAUGAAACAAACGUGGAUAAAAUUUAUUUAUGCAUUUUCGAUAAAUACUCAUAAUGUGGGUACGUUAUUCCACAUAUAAUAAGCAAUUACACGCUAGACUGUUCUGCUAAAUCGGAAAAUGAUUUACACGGACUUGGAUAUUUUUGGACCGCGCUGUGGAAUUGGUACAAUGCUGUUAUCUUUUCCCUUGCCACUUCGUUUGCCAUAGAGUCCCCUCACUCGUUUCUCACAGCACUAGGAGUGCGUUUGUACAAAGAAAAAAAGUAUAUAAAAAAAAAUGAAAUGAAACGAGAGCGCGGGGUGUAUGGAAUUGUUGUAUACAAAGUAUAUACCGAUGUUUAUUGUGAAUUAUAUAACACAGGCUACUUAACCCUUUAAAGCAUGGUGGUGUUCAAGAGUAUUACCUGGCAACUCUAUAAAGAAAACUAGUAAUUCACAUCUAAUUCAAGCGAAAAUUGGUACCCAGAGGUUUUAAGGUUCGCUGAAUUGGGAUCUGAAGUAACAAUUUUCAAAUUCAAAGUGGCAGAUCCAAUUUGGCGGGUCUGCAUUAACCCUUCCCAUGAAAAAAAAAAUUUAAAAAGUUACUUUCCUCGCGUAAAAUAUAUUACUCGGGAGUUUUUGAGACCUUUGAUUACGAGUCUGAACCUAAAAUUUAAGAAUUCAAAUAGCGAGUCUAAUAUGGCAGACCAAAAUGCAAAAAGUUACUUGAUUUAGACAAACCUCGAUACUCGGAAGUUUUUGGGUUCGCUUAUUACAAAUCUGAAUUCGAAAUUUUCGACUCUAACAUGACAGAUCCACUGUGGCAAAUCUAAAUGAAUUGAGUUCCGAUUCAUAAUUAACAACCUUAGAAACCUCCGAGUACCAUAUUUCAAGUAAAUCGUAUGUAAGAAAAAAAAAAAUGUAUGCUUCGGAGAGUUAAAGUGGUACUCUUUUUUUCAUCUCAGAGUUUUUAAUAUAUGUGCAAAUAAAGUGUCAGUGCUAUAUGAUGUUUAA